UGUUCGGGCCCGCGGCAGGGGGCGGGGUCGCGCCUCCUCCGCGACUCUGGUUCCAGCGGGGCCUCAUGGACGCGGAGAUGGAAAUCCCGAGGCUGCUCCCGGCUCGCGGGUCGCGACAGGGCGGCGGCGCUGGCAGCCCCGGGGGCGGCGGCCGGAUCCACAGAGGUCCUGACCCGCGGGCCGGCCAGGCCCCCGCGCGCCGCCUCCUGCUGCUCCGGGGCCCUCAAGAUGGCGGGCCCGGGCGGCAGCGUGAGGUGGCCCGUGCGGCCUCCCCGGGCUCGGGCCCUAGCCCGUUGGUGCCGAGGCCCGAUAACGCUGGCGGAGUCGGCGGAGUCGGCGGAGGCGGCAGAGGCGGCGGAGGCGGCGGAGGCGGCGGAGGCGGCGAUGGCGGCGGCGGCGGCGGCGGCGGCGGCGGCGGCGGCGGCGGCGGCGGCGGCGGCGGCGGCGAUGGCGAUGACUUCUUCCUGGUGCUGCUGGACCCGGUGGGUGGAGACGUAGAUUCCACGGGCGCCAGCCAGGCCGCAGGGCCCCUAUGGAGGGAGGAGGCCGGGCUGGGCCCACGGUUCCAGGGGCACGAAAGCGGCGCGAACCCCGAGGGCCGCCCUGCGCUGGGCCCCAGCUGCCUGUCCGCUCUCCGCGCCCCAGUCCCGGCCCUGGCCCCGAUCCCCGCCCCAGGCCUGGGCCCCGCCGCGGCCUUCGCGGGCACCGUCACCAUUCACAACCAAAACCUGCUGUUGCGCUUCGAGAACGGCGUCCUCACCCUGGCCACGCCCCCGCCGCCAGCCUGGGCGCCUGGGGUCGCCCCUGCCCCGCAGCCCGGGGGUCUGAUCGCCCCGCAAGCGGGGAUCCCGCACGCCGCGCAGCCUGGCGACUGUCCCGAGCUGCCGCCCGACCUCCUGCUGGCCGAGCGGGCUGAACCCGCGCCCGCCCCAGCGCCCGAGGAGGAGGCGGAGGGCCCGGUUGCUGCUGAGAGCCCCCGCGGGCCGCUAGGCCCGGGCCAGGGCGUGGUGCUGUACCUGUGUCCUGAGGCGCAGUGCGGACAAACCUUUGCCAAGAAGCACCAGCUGAAGGUGCACCUGCUGACGCACAGCAGCAGCCAGGGCCAGCGGCCCUUCAAGUGCCCCCUGGGUGGUUGCGGCUGGACCUUCACCACCUCGUACAAGCUCAAGAGGCACCUGCAGUCACACGACAAACUGAGGCCCUUUGGCUGCCCGGCAGAGGGCUGUGGCAAGAGCUUCACCACGGUGUAUAACCUCAAAGCACACAUGAAGGGCCAUGAGCAGGAGAACUCAUUCAAAUGCGAAGUGUGUGAGGAGACCUUCCCCACGCAGGCCAAACUCAGCGCCCACCAGCGCAGCCACUUCGAGCCUGAGAGACCCUACCAGUGCGCGUUUUCGGGCUGCAAGAAGACGUUUAUCACAGUGAGUGCCCUGUUUUCCCAUAACCGCGCCCACUUCAGGGAACAGGAACUCUUUUCCUGCUCCUUUCCUGGCUGCAGCAAACAGUACGACAAGGCUUGUAGGUUGAAAAUUCACCUUCGGAGCCACACUGGUGAGAGACCUUUCCUUUGUGACUUUGAGGGCUGUGGCUGGAACUUCACCAGCAUGUCCAAACUCCUUAGGCACAAAAGGAAGCACGACGAUGACCGGAGGUUCAUGUGUCCUGUAGAAGGCUGUGGGAAAUCUUUCACGAGGGCUGAACAUCUGAAAGGCCACAGCAUAACCCACCUGGGCACAAAGCCUUUUGUGUGCCCUGUGGAAGGCUGCUGUGCCAGGUUCUCUGCUCGAAGUAGUCUCUACAUUCACUCCAAGAAACACUUGCAGGAUGUGGACACUGGGAAAAGCCGAUGCCCAGUCUCCACUUGUAAUAAACUCUUCACAUCCAAGCACAGCAUGAAGACCCACAUGGCCAAAAGGCACAACCUUCGCCAGGAUCUCUUAGCUCAGCUAGGAGCUGCAAAUUCUCUUACGCCCAGCAGUGAACUUACCAGCCAGGGGCAGAAUGACCUCGGUGAUGCGGAGCUUGUGUCUCUCUUCUCUGAUGUGCCCGGUAAUAGUUCUGCUGCAGUAUUGGACACCGCAUUGGUGAACUCUGGGAUCUUGACUAUUGAUGUGGCUUCUGUGAACUCAACUCUGGCAGGGAACCUCCCUGCUAAUAAUAAUAAUAAUUCCUUAGGGCAGGCGGUGGACCCUCAGGCCUUGAUGGCCACCAGUGACCUUCCUCAAAGUCUGGAUACCUCACUCUUCUUUGGAACGACAGCCGCUGGUUUUCAGCAGAGUCCCUUAGAUACGGAUGAUGUCUCAAGUCUAAGUGCGGGGCCAUUGGGAUCUCUGAGCUCUUUGGCUAUGAAAACCUCGAGUCAAGAGCCCCAAGCUUUGACCCCCAGCAGUAAGCUAACAGUAGACACAGAUGCUCUGACUCCUUCGAGCACCCUUUGUGAAAACAGUGUCUCGGAACUACUGCCGCCAACCAAAACGGAAUGGAAUGUACAUCCUGACUCUGACUUCUUUGGACAGGAGGAAGAAACCCAGUUUGCAUUCUCCAGUCCAGCAGGAAACCAUGGGUCUCAGAAAGAAACAGAACUUAUCACAGUGACUGGCAGCUCAUUUUUGGUAUGAACUAAACUCUAUUCAUUCCUUGCCACAUGGCUUACUUUUAUUGAUGACACUCAAUUUUAAGAGUAUUCUGGACUAAAUGUUUAAAUGCAGUCAUUUCUUAUAGGUUUGAAAAAGAACAGAGCCCUGGGCUACAAGUUUGGAGAUUUAAAUUCUGAUCUUGAGUCUGGAACUGACAGGUUGUGUGACCUUGAGCAAGUCACUUAUCCUAUCUGAGCCUUAAUUUCCUUAUUUAUAAAAUGAGGUGGUUUGAAUAGAUUGUUUCUAAGGUCUUUUCAACUCUAUGAUUCGUUGAUAAUAUGCUUCUUUCCUUGAAAAAAAUUAGGACAUUUUUCAGUGAUGUUGCAUGUGCUUUUUUUCAAACCUGCAUAAAAUACACAUAAUAGUAGAAUGAACAUUCAUGUAUUUGACACCCAACUUCAGCUAUUGUCAAUUCAUGAACAUUUUUGUUUAUAUAAUCUCCAUUCUCACUCUCUCCCAGUAUUAUUUUGAAAUAAAUACCAGAUAUCACAUCAUUUCAACCAUAAAUAUGCAGUAUAUAUUUCUAUAAAGCAUGGGUUCUUUUGGAAAAAUCUUCAGUUCCAUUAUCAUACUUAAAGUUAACAGUAGUUCUUUGACACUGUCAGGGUUCCAACUUAUAAUUGUCUCAUAAAUGCUAUUUGUUUUAAUAUUUUUAACAAUUAGAGUCCCAGUAAGCCUCUUAACUGUCUUUUUAAUCUGUAUGUUACCCUGUUGUCUCUUUUCUUUCAAUUUUACUCAUUGAAGAAAGGAAGUUGUUUCACAUGUAGCAUUUGCCACAGUCUUAAAUUUUGGUAAUUACAUCCCUGUGGUGUUAAGUUCCCCUAUCCUUUGUUUCCUUAAUUUGGUAGUUGGAUCUAGAGACUUGAUCAGAAUGGAAAUAUGAUUUGGGGGGUAGGAAUGUUUCAUAUGUCGUGUUGUGUUAUUUUAGCAGGUGGCACAUAAUGUCUGGUUUUCUCUCUUGUGAUAUUUGCAGCUGCUGGUGACUGGUGCAUUAAUUCAUGAUUACCUGUGCUUCUGAUAUCAUGAAUUUUUCUUGUAGAGUUACUAUUAGUGGAGGAAGAAAUGCUGUUGAAGGCAUGUAUAAAAGUUUGUUAGAAAUAUUAUUCAAUGCCAAAAUAGUUUCUUAAAGGUAGAACUAACAAGAAAAGAAAAAAGUAGCAAAAAAUGUUUUGACACUGCUCCCCAUUUAUCUUCCUCACCUCUUUUGAUGAUGAGAGGCUUUGCUGUUGUAGAAAUUGUCAACCAGGACUUUGACAUGAAACAGACCCACGGUCAAAUUCAUGUUGGAUAAGUGGCCUUGAAUACAUUAAUUUCACUAAGCCUCAGUUUCUUAGCUGUCAAAGGAUCAUAGCAAUGCACACACAUAACUAACACACCUGAGACUUUUAAUCUUUUCCAGUUUUUAAUAUGUAAAGAAAAAUACUAUGUGCUUUGACAUAUUUUGGUAAAUUUAUAUAAUCCUUUUACCAUCUCAAUCCUUCCUACUGUAAAGAAGAAAUUGGGAUAAUUUAAUCCUGUUCAUGUCCAGACAAGGUUUGUGAGAGUUAGAGUGUAGCAAGAUAGGGAAUCUCUUUAUUCCAUCCGCUGAAUUAUUUCCCCCCAGGAAUUUCUGUGCCUAAUGCCAGGAGUGGAAACAUUGCUCACAGGUAUAUCUGCAUCCCUGUUCAUUAGACCAAUUUGUCACCGUCUUUGCUCUGAUUCCAGAGUUAGACUUUGCUGUAACUGCAGAGCCUGCUGUUGCAGCAAGCUGAUAAUGGAGCAGAGAAAGUUUCCUACUCUCUGUGGUCUGGAGAGCUCAUUGUUUGCAUUUUCCCAGAGUUGAAUAUUGUGUGAAAUGUCUGUCUUAUAUGAGUGUAGCAUUUUGAAUUUUGUGGAACAUCUUCACAACUGUUGUUCAGAGCAACCCUAUGUGGUAGUUUUGGCAAGAUUUGUUCUGUGGCUCAUGGCAUUUUAGCAAAUGCACAUUCUAAAUGGACUUUGGCUAGUGACUGACAGUUCUAUAUAUAUCAAUAGCUUAAAACAAAGAAGAUAAAUUAUUUUCACCUCUCACGUCCCACCCAUCCAAAUUUCAUGAUUUAUCCCUGUGUCAUAACUAGCUGCUGUUUUCUACUUUAAUUGGUUUCUGUUACUUUCUGUUUACUUUCUCCCCAGUCCACUCCCAUGUAUGUGCAUUCCAGCCCUUACCAUGCCUUACUUUUUAUUUUUUAAUGGAUAGAUCUCUUCCUGCUACUAUUCCUCAGAUCUCCUCAUAGCCCAUUUUCUUCCAAUGAUAACAUUUGCUGAGUGUACACUGCAGUUGUGUGUAUAGUAAGAAGUUAUUUUCUGAGCUUAGAUAAUACUGUGUGUAUAUAUGACUCAGAUGGUAAAAGACAUUAUUUUCUAUAUUGUUCAGAUGAGAAGUAGAUUUCUGUUUUAUUAUUUCCAUUUUUUAAAAGUUUUUGCCAAGGAGUUAAGCUAAAACUCGUGUUUGCUGUAGUGUACUAGCCCAGUAGUGUUUGCAUGUGAAUGCCUAUGGAUGACAGUUAUUGUAGCUCUUUGGCAGUGCACUAAAAACUUGUCACUUUGAAAUGUUUAUGUACUGUGUGUAUGGGGGUAUACACACACAUACACACACAUAUAUUUUUAAAGUGGUUUUAUUCAUUUAGUGAUAAACAAAAACUAGGCAUACUUUUGUAAAUCAAAGAAAUGCUCAGAAUUUCAUUGUGUCUACACACUCAAUGGUUUUCUCUCUUUGCUUUGGAAAUAUUUGUAUUCAUAAAGCACAUUUCAAAAAUAUUGUCAUUCAUUAAGGCCUCUUAGAUUGAGCACUGUUUUUCAUGUCUGGCAGUUAAUGUGCGUCAAGGAUUGAAAUGAACACACAAGUAGCGAACAUCAAAUAAAUUACUUAAACAUGAAGAGAAUUUAUACUGUGACUUCUUGUUUGAAUUCUUUAAACCAAC